GUUUGCGAGGCAGCAGCGAGGUAAAGCAGAAGACUAAUGGAGGGAGAGGAGAGGGCCGGGGCAGGCAAAGAGAGGCCGAGCCGUCUGACUGCCCUCCAGGAGCAGCUGAUCUGGGCCCUGCUGGAGUCCGGACUGUCCCGGGACGUCCUGAUCCAAGCCAUGGGAGAGCUGGAGCGAAACAGGGCGAGUGCCGGCGCUGCUGAGAAGGCAGAGAGGGGGGAUGGAGAGAGCUCAGAGGAGGGAGAAAUGGAUUUCCCACCGCCUAUAUUCCGGGACCUGGAUAAGCUUCCUCCAGAAGAGGCGUCCAAACUGAGGGCUGAAGUCGACCAGUUACUGCAGGAGGACCCCUGGCAUGUUGCAAAAAUGGUGAAAAGCUACAUGCAGCAGCAUAACCUACCUCAGAGGGAGGUAGUGGAGUCCACAGGGCUCAACCAGUCCCACCUCUCACAGCACCUCAACAAAGGCACACCCAUGAAGAACCAGAAGAGAGCUGCUCUGUACACCUGGUACGUCAAGAAGCAGUGUGAGAUCAGCCAGCAAUUUACCAACGCCAAACAUGGCCUUGCAUCAGUGGAGGAGCAGGGAGAGGAGACCAAGAAAGGACGGAGGAACCGGUUCAAGUGGGGUCCAGCCUCCCUGCAGAUCCUCUUCCAUGCCUACGAACGACAAAAGAACCCCAGCAAGGAGGAGAGAGAGGGGUUGGUGGAGGAGUGUAACAGGGCUGAGUGUCUCCAGAGGGGGGUGUCUCCCUCCCAGCUCGCUGGUCUGGGUUCCAACCUGGUCACUGAAGUCCGAGUGUAUAACUGGUUCGCCAACCGUCGUAAAGAGGAGGCCUUCCGUCACAAACUGGCCCUUGACACACCUUUCACCAACCAACCUGCCUCCGCCUCUAAUCCCGCCCUGCCAUCCAGUCCUGAGCACGUUGUGAAAUACAGCCAGCAGAUCUCAUGUGACACUGUGAGCUCAGCCAGAGGUGGCGGAGGUGAGAGAGUGGGCCGACUCGUUGUCAGUCCCGUCCAGCUGGAGCCCAGUCACACACUCCUGGAGAGCCAUAACCCCAAACCAGUGUCCAGCGGCGGCCCACUACCCCCAGUAAGCACUCUGACCUCUCUGCACAGUCUGUCAGCCUCCUCUGCAUCCUCACAGAGCCUCAUCAUGGCCUCGGUGCCAGGCGUCAUGAGUCUGGGGGAGUCCUCUCUUCUCAUUGGUUUAGCCUCCACACAGCCUCAGACCGUGCCUGUCAUAAACAACAUGGGCGGCGGUUUCACAACUCUCCAGCCAAUCUCAUUCCAGCAGCAGCUUCACGCCUCCCCCCAGCAGCCAAUAUCACAGCAGCUUCAGAGUCACAUGGCGGCCAGCCCCUUCAUGGCGACCAUGGCACAACUGCCGUGUCACAUGUACAAGUCGGAUUCACCCCAGUACCACUCGUCCGGUCUGCUGUCUCAGGCCAUGGUCAUCACUGACAGCAGCAGCCUGGGGACUCUGACCAGCCUCGCUGCUGUCAGACAGAUUCUGACAGCAGAUCCUGAGGAACAGACAGACCCACCUUUACAGGAGGAUUCUCUCCACCUGCAGCCCCACACACCUGUUCCAGCUUCUUCUGAGAGCCUGGAGCUGUAUCCUGCCUCUCAGUCUACAGAAAGUCAUCCGUCCCACCUGCUCUCACCUUCACCUCCAGACAUCAGCUCUUACAUUCCUGCACAAAUGGUCUCAACGGCGCAGUAAAAGUACUUUGUCAGCUGCACUAAGGAGUGUUUGGGAUGGACAGCUACCUCUGGUGUAAAUUUCAUUAAAAAACAAAA